AGUUUGUCAUUAUCCCGAGGAAGAGGAGCGGCGUGGUCCUUGCGCAUUUCAGCAGAACUACUGGCACCUUUCAGCUGGACAAGCCAGCGCCCCGGUUGUGACCUUUCCGGGGAGACCCACGCGCCUGCCCAGCACAGCGAAGGACCCCACUUGGAGCCGCGUCUGCUGCUGCGAUCGGCCGACGUGCCCCUGCCGGAGCCGCGGCUGGUUCCGUCCACCUCUUCCACUUCAUUUAUCUGUGGAUCAUUUUGAGUCCAUCUUGUAAAUGUUUAGCACUUUGCUGCUUUACUGCUUCUUUCUGGGGACAGUUCCAGCACUGGCCGAGACCGGCGGAGAGAGGCGACUGAGCCCGGAGAAGAGCGAAAUAUGGGGACCCGGGCUCAAAGCAGCUGUGGUCCUUCCCGCGCGCUAUUUCUACAUCCAGGCGGUGGACACAUCAGGAAAUAAAUUCACAUCUUCUCCAGGUGAAAAGGUGUUCCAGAUUAAAAUUUUAGCCCCAGAUGAGCAAUUCACUAGAGUGGGCGUCCAGAUUUUAGACCGAAAGGAUGGGUCCUUCAUAGUAAGAUACAGAAUGUAUGCGAGCUACACAAAUCUGAAGAUAGAAGUCAAAUUCCAAGGUCAACAUGUGGCCAAGUCUCCAUAUAUUUUAACAGGGCCAGUUUACCAUGAGAAUUGUGACUGUCCUUUGGAAGACAGUGCAGCCUGGCUAUGGGAGAUGAACUGCCCAGAAACCAUUACUCAAAUUCAGAGAGAUCUGGCACAUUUCCCUACCAUUGAUCCAGAAAAGAUUGCAACAGAAAUCCCGAAAAGAUUUGGACAAAGACAAAGCUUGUGUCAUUAUACCUUGAAGGAUAACAAGGUUUAUAUCAAGACUCAUGGUGAACAUGUAGGUUUUAGAAUUUUCAUGGAUGCCAUACUACUUUCUUUGACUAGAAAAGUGAAGAUGCCCGAUGUGGAGUUUUUUGUUAAUUUGGGAGACUGGCCUUUGGAAAAAAAGAAAUCCGAUUCAAACAUCCAUCCGAUCUUUUCCUGGUGUGGCUCCACAGAUUCCAAGGAUAUCGUGAUGCCUACCUACGACUUGACUGACUCUGUCCUCGAAACCAUGGGCCGAGUCAGUCUGGAUAUGAUGUCUGUGCAAGCCAACACAGGUCCUCCCUGGGAAAGCAAAAACUCCACAGCUGUCUGGAGAGGGCGAGACAGCCGCAAAGAGAGACUUGAGUUGGUUAAACUCAGCAGAAAACACCCGGAACUCAUAGACGCUGCUUUCACCAACUUUUUCUUCUUUAAACACGAUGAAAGUCUGUAUGGUCCCAUUGUGAAACACAUUUCAUUUUUUGAUUUCUUCAAGCAUAAGUAUCAGAUAAACAUCGAUGGCACCGUUGCAGCUUAUCGCCUACCGUAUCUGCUAGUAGGUGACAGUGUGGUGCUGAAGCAGGACUCCAUCUACUAUGAACACUUUUAUAAUGAACUGCAGCCCUGGAAACACUACAUUCCAGUUAAAAGCAACCUGAGCGAUCUCCUAGAAAAACUUAAAUGGGCAAAAGAUCACGAUGAAGAGGCAAAGAAGAUAGCAAAAACAGGACAAGAAUUUGCAAGAAAUAAUCUCAUGGGUGAUGACAUAUUCUGUUAUUAUUUUAAACUUUUCCAGGAAUAUGCCAGUUUACAAGUGGGUGAGCCCCAAAUCCGGGAGGGCAUGAGGAGGGUAGAACCACAGACCGAGGAUGACCUCUUUCCUUGCACGUGCCAUACAAAGAAGUCAGGCAACAGCUACCUGAAUUCCUCCUGGAGUCUCCAAGCAAUUCAUUCUAGCAGAGGCAGAUAAAAUAGAUCCCAAAAAGGCAAAAGACAAGCGCUAAGAUGCAGUGAAGUGAGCUCUCAGCAAACUGGAGGGAAGCCAUUUUUACUGUGAGAAUUCAGAUCACGUGGCAUUUGAAUAGAUGUUUACAGUUUGAAAAGUGUUUUCACACCUAUCAUCUAAGAGCUUCAUCUCCUUGUGAGAUCGUUUCUGCAGAGUUCGUCAUCCCAGUUUGGAGAUGGAAAAAUGUAUAACCAUCAAUAUUCACGUUAACAGAGUAUUCAUUUAAAAGCAAUCUCGGUUGAUACCACUACAUACUGAUUUUGUUUAUAAAAGGCAGAUGCACAUAUGGACUUGGCAGGCUGAAGAAGACCUGAGAGAUCAGUAAAUGCCUUCAUUUUAUAGUUAACAAAACCGAGCCCAAAGAAGAGUUUAGCUCAGAAUCAUCUAUCUGGAUUAUAGCAAAGCAAGAACCAAAACCAGUGUAUCACCUUCAAAUUGUGUGCAUAAUUGUGCGUAAAGACAGUGUGAUGGCUUGGGGGGGGGAGCGGUGAUUAUAGGUAUUUUUCAUUUGAAGGAAUAUAUACUGUAUAAAGUUAUUAUAUGUAUUAUAUGUAUAUAUAAAAUAUGCUGGCUUGACAUUAUUUUAAGCAACAGCAUCAUGUCUCUGAACGGACAAACUCAGAACCGUGGCAUUGGAACCAAAGUUGAGAGCGCAGAUUUGGCAAUUAUUACGUCUGCCUCUCAAGCGGUUUUAAAAGGAAUAAGACUACCAGGCCCGAUGGCGUGAUGGAGCCACGCCUCAUCCAAGUUCACAGACUGUUAAAUAUUUAGGGAUUUUUCACAGUGGUUAAAUUUUGGUAGCUUGGAAUCCACGUGGUGGAAGUAUUUACACCGUGACAACAGUACAUGCUACAAAUCAGUUUUGGUUGUCUGUUUUUUGGGGGGGGGAACUGAUUUGCCACCAGCUGGCUCUCAGAGGUGGUGCAUCAUCAGCAUUAAUUCCUCUCAGUGCUGCAAGGCCAUAAAAUCAGUGAAAGCCAGUGACAAAACAGAAAUUUCCGGACUCGAAACGUGCUCCCACGUGGAGUUAGUGAUUUGAUAUCAGAACGCUUCUGUUGGCUCCAAAUGAAAGUGGGCAGCUCCCUUUCUCCACUCCUCUUUUUAAAUUUUUAUCUCUAAGUGACUUUGAGGGGUGCCAAAUGAUUCCCCAGAUUCAUAGCAGUUAGGGACUAGAAUGAUAGCUUUGUUUAUUUUUUGCCCAUUGUCUACUCUAGCCGUUCACUGAUACCAUUCAUAACACAAGCCUUUUACCAUAAUACAGACGCUUAGAUGUUCAGGUUCCCCACCAAUGUGACUUUACCCUUGGGUGAUUCCAAAUAAUAGUCUUAAAAGCCUCUAGCAAUAACUUGGCUUUUUUUUUUCCCCUUCUUUCAUCUUUAGGGGAAAAUAAUGAAUAGACUAACAUAAGCCUUCUUGACCCGUAGAAGACUUCCUGAUGGCUCUAAAUAUUUUGUUUCUUAAUUGCAGACCAAAGAUGAACUCUGAUACGCAAAAUACCUUUCCUUCAAAUAAUGGUGCUCUGAAGACUCUUCUUAACUGAAAAGAAGAAGAAUGUCUUUUAAAUAUUAAUUCCAUGGACAAUAUAAAAUCUGCUCUGUGAUUGCCUGGAUUAUGAAGAUAUGUUUCUUCUUAUUAUUGCAGUAUUCCCAUGACUGACCUUUAAAGCACAUUUUUAGAAUUUUAUAAUAAAAGCACUUUUAUUUUAAAA